AGCCGGGCAAGUCCAAGGUGCCGCCAUGGCCUUCCACACAUCUAGGAUUUUUACUUGGCUGCUUGUCAUCUCCAUCGGAAUUGUCUUUUUUGCUCUAUAUCAAGAAAAUGUAACAGUAAACAUCAACUGGACCGCUUUCUCUGGGAACUCUGAGACUAUCGUCUCAAAAUGGGAUAAUGAGGAAAAGGCCACCAGACCCAUUGUCUUAAAUGCUACAGCACCCGCCAAGUGGGUAACAUCAAUGGCCGUCACAGAGUUUGAACGCAAGAGAGAAAACGUGUCCACGCGUGGCGUCGUCUCCGAGACCCCCAUGCCCAUCCUCCUGAAAACAAACUUCUCCAAACUUCCCGUCUGGGACUUUGACGAUGUCUAUAACCAGGAUGCUGCACCAGCAAACACAAGUUGCCAGCAAUCCCUGAGGAAUUCCAAGGACAAGAGCUUCAUGCAGGCUUUCCUUCCCAAUAUACGUUUGUUCCUCCAUAAGGACAACAUCAACAUGAGCGAGUGGAACCGACUCUCCCAUUUCAACAAUCCUUUUGGCUUCAUGGGAUUCUCUUACAAUGAUGUAAUGUCCUCAGUCAAGUUGAUUCCAGAGCCAAAGGAGCCUCUCCUGUCUCCAAAGCCAGGCGGUGAUGGUUGCAUUCGUUGCGCUGUUGUGGGUACUGCCGGCAUCCUGAACGGCUCCAAAAUGGGGAAAGAAAUCGACGCCCACGAUUACGUGUUUAGGAUGAACGGCGCGGUCACCAAGGGUUACGAGGAGGACGUCGGGAACAAAACGUCUGUCUACGUCCACACGGCGCACUCCAUCACCACGUCUUUGUAUCUGUUCAAGAAAUACGGCUACAAAUGGGCCCCCCACGACGAGGGCAUCAAGUAUGUGAUGAUUCCAGAGGGCAUGAGGGACUUCCAGUGGCUCGGAGGACUCCUCAGAGGGGAAAGGGUGCCGCUUGGCCAGUACCAAAACAAACGGCCCCGGACGUAUUACAUGGGGCAGUACAACGAGAGCCGCUUUUACGUCCUGCACCAGGACUUUCUGCGAUAUGUGCGAAACAGGUUCUUGAAGUCUCCCCACCUGAACGCACGUUACUGGGCAAUAGUCCGACCAACCAAUGGUGCUUUUACACUCUUCCUGGCUCUUCACACAUGUGAUACAGUUGACGCGUACGGCUUCAUGACAAGAGACUACGCUAAGUACUCCAACUACUACUUCCAGAAGCAUGACAAGAGCCACGUGGUUUUCUAUGCCAAUCAUGACUACACUCUGGAAAUGAAAACCUGGGAGAAACUGCACAAUGACGAAAUCAUGCGUCUGUAUCAAAGAAGUGAAAAGAAACCCCCUCCGAAAACAUAACUGGGAAGAAUGUCCGAUCGGUUUAACGUUUUCUUUUUUGUAGCAAUAUGUUACAUCCGCAGCUGUAGCAUCACUCCUAAAUACAUUUGAAGGACUCUUUUCAGCACUAUUUAUGUACAGUAUAUUUUAAGUGACAAAAUAAGGCUAUGUUUUCAGUAAUUAUGGCAGUGGUGAGCAGUAUGCGCCAGCAAAGCCUCUUUUCUGGCAUAAACACGAUCAAAAAUCAAUGAUCAAUCCCAAUGAAAUGGUGUAAAUGUUUUCCUAACUAACUGUCUGUCUUGGGAUGUUUGAUACCACUUUUUUUUCAUACCGAUGCCAGUAUGAGUAUAAACGUCUUUAACCAAUCAGAUUGCACAUUCGUCUUCACGGGGCUGGCCGUUGAUGACAUGUAGCGAUCUGCACACAUUGACACAUUUAUUUAUCAGCAUCUUUCGUGAAUAUCCUCACUGUCGCGCGGAAACCUUGUACAUCCAAAUAUGGUUAAUUCCUAAAUGUUUCACAAAUGAAUACGACUGGUCUGUCCCCAUGUCUUCUAUUGUUUUUACGCAUGAUUAACCAAUUUGAAGUGUUGUAAAUAUGUUGAUUUUAUUAACGCUCUUCUAUGCUCAACAGUCUGAGAAGUGUUGUAAAUUUCCACCGCUUCCCUCACUCUUCAGGAGCCUUGCGACGUGUCACCUCAAGAUUGCAACUCUGGGUGUUUUUUUUAGACAAUCAGAAGUGAAAAUGCUUAGGUUAGAUACACUUGAGCAAACCUGUUUUGUUACAAAUUGAUGGCUGCGCCUGCAAUGCUUCAGUGCACAAAGAAGUGGUCAGCCAUGAAGUAUUUUACCAAAUUUUUUUUAAUUGCUAUGUUAUCAGAUACAUGUUUAUUGUCAACAGUCCAUAUGAUGUGCGUGGCACAGUUGCUUUUGUUUUUGUAUAGUAUUGCUGUAGUAUACUUCCCUUAAUGGCUUUUCCGUUACACAUGAUGCUUGUGUUAUUGUGGUUGGGGUCAAUGGACGGGGAAACAUUAUUGCGGUAGGUCAUCGUGUUGAUGCUAGGGUGGCAAAACCGGCUCACCCGAUUGCACACGAUGCUGAAGUGAAGAAUUCUGAGCUGGGCUGCGGCAUUGUCUCUCCGACACGCGUUAGUACACAACAAUAAGGAGGAAUUAGCAAAAGUAGGUCAAAUAAGUCAUGCAAUGUCUUGAAUUUCAGUCGCGAUUCAGAGGUAGUUGGAAUAAAGAGGAUUUGUUUGAGGGAAAUGAAUAUUAUGUACAUGAUGCAGGGCCGGGCUAUUGAUGGAUUUCAUUGAUUUAAUAAUGUUUAUUGGAGAUGACCAUUUUUUUUCCCCCAUCAGCUUCCGUUCCGUUCACUAACAACAUGGCAGCGAAGAGGAGCGAGUUUAUAAAACCACAGUCGGCGUUGCCAACUUGCUGACUUUUCCGACCCUCGGAGCGACUACUUUUCAGAAACUACAAACUACUUUAAUUCCCGCUAAGAAACAGACAACGUGAGUGGAUUGCUUUUCACAUUGUUUUCAGCAUACGACAAGAAAGGAGCUUGGUGGCAGGCAAUCAUGAAGUCAGUCAUGCGCAACAUUUCCAAAGGCAUUUAUACAUUGCAAAAAGCAGGGUUUUAAACACGUUGGAAACUUUUGACCCAAAUAUGUGCUGCCAAGCACGUAAACAUUUUGUCGACGUUGCUUGCCUCAUCUGGACAAUCCUACUACAUGAGAAAAGAGGAUGAGAGAGCUGGAGUGGGUCCGGCGGUACUCCGGAGAUAUGGACCAGCUCAGUUUAAAGGCUCAUUUUACUAUCUUAAAUGUUUA